AUCAUUUUUGUUCACGUCGUCUGCGUCGUUGGAUUCAAGUGUGCAUUUUAUAGGUUAUAUUGUUUGAAUUGAUUGCAUUGUGUAUAAUAAAUACGCAUUAAAUAAUGGCAAGUAUCAAAGAUAGCUGUUUUAUCACUGCACCUGGUUUCUGUCCGGAUUGCGGUUCAAUUUUACCUUUACUUGGCGAAAGAGGAGGUGUCAUGUGCUAUGCGUGCAAAAGAGAAUGGGGUUCUGAAGUUUUUGGUGAUAUGGAAAUGACAUAUACAAUUAAUUUUAAUUCUAAACAUACUUAUUCAUCCUCAAGAGAAGCAGAUGAUAGUGAAGAUGACGCAGAUGGACCAGUUGUAGAACGACGCUGUCCUCAAUGUCAAAAUGAUAAAAUGUCGUAUGCCACUUUGCAAUUGAGAUCAGCUGAUGAAGGACAGACUGUGUUUUACACAUGUACCAAAUGCAAAUACAAGGAAACAGAGAAUUCUUAAUGGAAAAUUUUGCAGUAUAUAUAUUAUUUUGUACGAAAUAUUAAGGUUAUGAUUCUCCUGUUUAUUUUCUUGGAAUGGGAAAGAUAUACUAUUUUUACAUUGUACAAACCAGUGUGUUGAAGAAAUAGAAAAUUCUUUUGUAAUGUA